UGUUUGGAUUUGUGGAAUUUUUAAACAUAAACACAUCUAUAAUUGUAUAUAUUGUUGGAUUUAUAUGUUCAAGUUGCUCCAAGUCAGUGAGUUUAUGGUUAAGAUAUCAUUUUAGUUACAUGUACUGAACUAUAUUGCAUGUUGUCUUAUUGUAUAGUUGUCGUCGCUUUUUGCCCUUUUUUCUGUGAACUGUUUCCUUUGUUGAUGUUGUUCUCAUUGUUUGUCCGUUAUUUUCUGAUUUUGAGGGGAGCAACCCAAAAAGUUGCUUCUCUCUAAACUUUUACUUAAUGUAAUCAUUCUUUUCUCAGGCGUGAGGCUAGCAACCCCACCCUGUAAACAAAAAUUGCUACAGAAUCUUCAGUAUGCUGAACCUCCUUGCACCAAAAGAAAAAGUCUGUGUAGGAACAUGGAACGUUCGAACUAUGUACGAGACUGGAAAAGCUGCCCAGAUCGCCAACGAGAUGAAAAGAUACGGAAUACAAGUGCUGGGAAUAUGUGAGAGCAGAUGGAAUGGGAGUGGACUCACCAAAUUGUCAACAGGUGAGUCAGUGAUCUACUCCGGUCACCCAGAAGAUAACCACACGCACACCGAGGGCGUGGCUAUCAUGAUGUCACCAACGGCAACGAAAGCCCUGAUACAAUGGGAGGCGAUUUCGUCCAGGAUAAUGACCGCCAGGUUCAACUCCAAAGGAAGGAAAGUGUCAAUCAUACAAUGUUAUGCACCCACAAACAACGCAGACCUCGAGAAGAAAGAAGAAUUCUACAGGCAACUACAGGCAACAAUGGACAAUACUCCAGCUGGCGACAUGAAAAUACUAAUGGGAGACAUGAACGCCAAACUGGGACCAGACAAUACGGGAAGGGAACUCAUCAUGGGUAGAGAAGCUCUAGGAGAAAUGAAUGAAAACGGAGAACUCUUCGCCGACUUCUGCGCCUUCAACGAACUGGUGAUUGGUGGCAGUGUAUACAAGCACAAAGAUAUCCACAAGGCUACAUGGGUGUCACCAGACGGGCAAACCAAAAACCAAAUCGACUUCAUCUCAAUCUCAAGGAAGUGGAGGCGCAGCCUACUGGACACAAAAGCAAGAAGAGGAGCAGACGUUGGCUCAGACCACUAUCUCGUACAAGGGACAAUCCAAAUCAAAUUAAAAGCUUUCAGGGAAUCAGGAGCUGCAGAUAGACCACAAGCCAAGUUCAACACUCAAAAGCUGAAGGACCAGGCUACAAAGGACAUCUUCAUUGCAAGCAUAAAGGACAAAGCCGAGACACAAAUCAACACUAGCGAAGAGGUC